UAAUCAAUCUUCUUUCAUUCUUUGGAGCCUUCCGGCCCACGCCGUCCAUGUGGACCUGUCUGCAUGGUAUAGCGAACGGGCACGCGGUUUUCUCACCAAGAGAGUUCACCACCGCCACCACUGCUGUGCCUGACUGCGUCACCCACGGCUUCAUCGCACGUUAUUUUCAUAACUCGGCGUGACACUCGUUUUCUGCGAGCAGUGUGCACUAGCACGGAAUAGUAUUAAUCGCAAUAAAAACGCGGAAUUCCACAUGCUCUCUAUAUGUACCAAAUGCCUUGACGCGCACUGAGCAAUUUGCUAUGCAUUCGUUCCCCUGGAGUUGUUCACGAUGCAUCCGGAUUGAAGAUAAGCGUUUCAUUUCAGGCAGAAAAUUCUCAUUACUGCUGCCGUCGGAUGCCUCUUCCUCACCGGCGCCGUAAUUCUCCUGGCAUCUAUUCUCGGCAGCUCCGACACUGAAGAGAGCGACUCCAACGCUAGCGGAGGGGACAAAGACAAGGACGACGACGGCUUGUAUCCACUCGCACCCCCACCUCCCCCGACAACAACCGACACCACCACCACGACAACAACAACCACGACGACUACGAACGUCCCCGACUACUUCCUCAUGUGCACCGUUGGUCAACAAUUCAACAAACCAGACCCUUACGAGUGUGUGGGAUGUGAUUACGUCAUUUUCGACCCCAUCCUCCCAACAGCUGCUGGGCUCAUCGGAUCGGAGGAUCAGCACGCCUGGAACGUGUUCAAAAGCAUGACGUGGAUCCAACAGCCAAAGCCGGAGUUUGGCAUUGCGUUUCCGGGAAGAUAUACCACUGAAUUGCCGGGGCAUCUCUCAGGGAAUGCCAUGAAUGAACUGAAGCAGCUGUUCGCCAAAGGGUACAGGUCCUUCGGGGUCCUCAACUGCCACGGAACGGUGUCCUUCCUUUCUGGAACGACGGGAGCAAAGCUCGGAGAGCUGUUUAACAAGAUUUUCAACGCCAUGACUGCAGCUCAAAGGGAUGCUGGCCUGAAGACUUUCUUCGUUGGACUGCAAUUGUCGGCUGGAUCCUCAUCGCAAAGGGCUGCACUCAUCCAGUAUGCCCAGGCUAUAAGCCACCUGAACCUGCUCAUUUUGCAGACCCAUAUCACACCACUGCCCCCCCUGACCGCGAGCGACUGCUUCAUCUACCCCAGUUUCACAUGGUCCCAGCAACUCAUCAAGGACAACUACUAUUCUUCCCUGGAACGAGCCUGUACCAUGCUCGAUCAGGCAGAAAGCACUACCCUUGCAUUUGCCUUUUCCUACUCUAUGGCUGUGAAUAUUUACGGGAUCUCCUCGAGCCCGUCCUCUAGUAAUACAAGGUACAAAGAUCCCUGUCUCUCCGGCGCUGUUACCAGCAUGGACGACUUCUGCCUGUUGCUAGACUUGGAACUGUUGCAACUACCUCAGGAAUGCCAAUUGUGUGCGCACCGGGGGUAUGUGAAAGGAAAGCGAUUGGUCUACUCAUACACCGCAUUUGAGAACAUAUUGUACUCGUUCGAGAGAGUUAGGUGGAGGGUGCCAGGCAGGCUGGGCGUUCUGCUGGCGGACAUACAGUUCGAUGGCGGAGAACACUGUUCUCGAACUCCAGUGUGGAAGAGAGGCGUUUUUAUGAGAUACACUCUCGACCGCAUGCGUAACACUACGGCGAUGCGGCCAGAAUAUUGUGGGAUAGUUACACCCCAAUUCCACCAAUAAAGGUGCUUGGUUGUGCA